AUGAUGAGGCCUCUGGCUGCAGCCUUAAAGAGAUCAGAAUGGCAGCAGAAGUGGGACUGGUCUUUAUGGGCACUACAAGCACUGGCACUGCAAGACGAACUCACUCAAGAAGAUUGCACUGCUGGCGUGAAGGCAUGCGGAAAGGCCUUGCGUUGGCAGUGGGCAUUGCAGCUCCUUUCAUGGUCGCGCAAGUUUUCCAUCCGGCAUCCUUGGAAUCCUGCCAUCUCGGCAUGCGCCUUGGUGACGGAAUGGGAGCGUGCUUUGCUUCUUCUUCGCAGCAUGCGCCAUCGCGGACCGAAGCCAUCCGCAAGCAGCUACUCUGCAGCCCUGGAUGCCUUAGCUCGCGGGGCUGAAUGGGCAAGGGGCCUACAGCUCCUGUCGGAGAUGAACCGCCGAGUUGCCCCGGACCUCGUCGCGGUCACCUCCGUCAUCGUGGCCUGUGGGGCGGCCACGCGUUGGAUCGUAGCGCUCCAGCUCUUUGAGAGAGCGAGUGCCGAGUUCCACGGAGGUGAUGUGGUGCUGCUUGGGGCCACUGCGGCGGCUUGUGGUCGCGGCCAUCAGUGGCAGGCAUCAUUGGCAUUUCUGGAGUGCGGCUCUGCAGCCAGACUGCUGAAUGCAACUCUAUUUGGAGCUUGUUUAGCCGCCUGCGCGAAUUCGUCAGUGUGGGUGCAGGCAGCUGCCCUGCUGCAGGGGAUGAGCAGGACAGCCAUAGCACCCGGAGAAGCAGGACUCGCAUCUGCAGCCAGUGCAUUUUCAUCUGCGGAGCUUUGGCAGCAGGCUCUCGGUGUGCUUUCAAGAGCGGAGCCACAGACAGGUGCCUGGUGGGGAACAGCAAUUGCUGCUGCUGCUCGUGGUAUUCAGUGGGAGCAGGCAUUGGAGCUUUAUGCCAGGAUGCAGGAAUGCAGCAUCUCUCCCAACGAGGCUUGCAGCAGUGCCGUCCAGACGGCGUGUGUUCGAGCUUCUCGAUGGGAGGUGAGCUUGCUGUUGAGCUUCGCCAGAGGUGAGGGCGAUGGCUCAGGCUUGGCCCCGGCGAUCCCUGUUGGAUGUCUUGGUCCGGUGUUGGCUGCGUGUCAACAUGGUGCCCUCUGGAUCGAAGCCUUGCACUAUCUACGUCAGGCCCAGCUAGCCGGGAUCAGCGGCGUCGUGAUGCGCGCCUCGGCCAUGGCAGCUUGCGCGGAGGCCUCCAAGUGGAGCUGGGCGCUUCGCUUGCUACCAGCUCUCACUUCCAGAGACGCUGAGCCUAAUGCAAUUUGCUUCGGUGUGGCGCUCCAUGCCUGCCGUUUGGGACGCCAGUGGGCUGCAUCUUUGUGGAUGCUUUGGAACGAGAUGCCAAGAUGUUCUGUUCAACCAGACUGGGUGGCGUUCUGCGCGGCACUGUUGGCAUCAGAGCGAAGCCACAAGGGCGCUGAGGUAUUGCACCUGGUGCAGCAGCUUAGUAAAGGUGCAGUCGGCCACGAGCCGCGACUUCAGAGUUCCAGGCUUGGGGAGCGACUCGCUGCAGCUUCUUUGUUGGAUCAGCAUAGUCGGCUCAGCUCCAGCUGCAGUCGUCAGAUUUGGCGAAGGCCUGGGUGGACCUCAGCUCACACGGACCAUGAUGCGGUGAAGUUGCCAAGAGCUGCAAGAGUGGAUGCAGAGGUACACACUCUGGGAGAAGCCCCCGUGAAGAGAACAGACCACAGUGUCGUUCUUUUUCGAGACUCGCUUCUUGUUUUCGGCGGAUUUGAUGGACAUAACAGGUUCAAUGACCUCAGAGAGCUGCAUCUGAAAGAUAAGCGCUGGAGUCAAGUCAGUGUGCGAAGUCAAGUACCCCGCAAUCGUUUCGGGCACACCGCCGUGAUAUACGCCCACUCCAUGUACAUCUUUGGGGGCUGGGACGGUCAUGACACGUUGCAGGAGUUGUUUGAGUACAAUAUCUCCUCCAACAUGUGGAUCCAGUUGCCCCUGCGUGGUACAGCACCUCGUGCGCGGUAUCGUCACACAGCGGUCGUGUGUGGUGACGCGAUGUUCACGUUUGGUGGCGUCGACAAGACGCAGUACCGUUUUCCAGACUUGCACGAGUACAACUUUACGCAUCGGCAUUGGUUGAAGGUCGCUACGAUGUCUCUGCAACCAUCGGCACGAACUUUCCACAAGACUGUGGUUCACGAGGGCUACAUGUACAUCCUGGGUGGCUUUGACGGACGUCGAUUGAAUGACAUGUACCGUAUUUUGCUGCGGACAAAAUCCGAGCUACAACGUUGUCAGAAACAACUCGCUGAGCAGGCAGCAAGCAGUCCACCUGUCCCGACCAGUUCUACACGUCCAGAAGAUGUUCCCGGAAGCACUGGGGCCGUUGGUGAUGCUCAGGAUGCUGCUCAAACUUUGAUGCCAGAGGACUUGUGGUGUUGGACCCGCAUUGAUGACCAGAUUGGCCAGGUGUACACCCCGCGAACCGGUCACGCGGUGGUCGUGUGGAAUCACUGCUUCUACCUGAUGGGAGGUGGCAUUUCCAGUAGCGCUGUGCUUGCACGAUUGCCUUCCGAUGGCACAAGGCCCGGCUUGCUGCGCUUGGGCUUGGCGCCUUCGCUUCUCGAUGAAGCUCAUGCUGUUGCCUUCGAGGCUGGUCCGUCGCAAGCGCUUGCUCACCUGACCGGCCUGGAGGCACUCGAGCCGGACCCAGUGCAGCAACAGGUGGCAAAGCAGCUGGAUGUUGUGUGGAGCUCAACCUGGGCGUACUCCGAGGCAUACGACCUGUGGAAGCAAUCACACAUGGAGUGGCAGGCCGAAUGCGCUCGCAGAGUAGCUGCGCACAAGCAGCGGCGGCAGCUGGAGCAGCACAGGAGCCACGACCGAAAGGACGAGAAGUCCGACUUCCCCGAGGCUCCUUUGGUCCUUCCUGCAGAGCCAACAAAGCCAUCGUUACGAAGCAGAGGCUGCUACAUUUGGGGGCAGGUUGGCCGUGGCAAGACUCUUCUCAUGGACGUCUUCGCAUUGUCCCUCCAGCCCACAAAGAACUUGGUCGGGAUGCCGUCAAAGGCGCAGCUCCGGCGAGUCCAUUUUCACGAGUUCAUACAUGACCUGCACCGCCAGCUCCAUCGGUCAGGGGGCCAAUCUGGAUUAGCCGCUGCGGUCGAUGUCGUCAUGCGUGGUCAGCCGCCUGUGCUCUGUUUCGAUGAGUUUCAAAUCACUACAAUCGCAGAUGCAUCGCUCUUGACGCCGCUGUUCAGUGACCUAUUGACACGGGACCUCGCUGUGGUCAUAACUUCCAACCGAUCUCCAAGCGAGUUGUACAAGGGAGGGAUCGGUCGAGAUGCUCACCUACCUGCUUUUGAAUCCUUGUUGCAAUCGGCUUUGGAGGUCCGUCACCUGGAUGCUGGCACAGACUACCGUGUCAGGGCGGCCAGCGAUAUUUCGACAGACCAAUCCGACUACAUCUUGGGUGCAGGAGCCAAUGAGCGUUUGGAGGCUGCUUUUCGAGUUGCUUGUGAAGAGCAAGCAGUGGGCCCCAUGCUCUUGCGGAUUGCUUGGGGACGCUCCAUGUUGUGCCAGCACGUUGCCAAUGGCGUCGCCAAGUUCACCUUCGAAGAACUUUGCGGAAACCCUUUGAGCUCAGAGGACUAUUUGGCACUGAUCCGAAGUGCAGGCAUUCACACGUUCGUGGUCUCUGGUGUCCCUCAGUUCGGCUUGAACCUGCACAACGAGGCGCGUCGCUUCACAAACUUCGUGGAUGCUCUGUACGAGCAGCAGCACGGCUCUUGGACAGUGCUUUCUGUCUGCAAAGCUUGGGUAUUCAUCGAACAAUGCGCAUUGCAGGAAUCGACGGUUUAUGCUCUGCGGAAGUGGAGUCAGAUCAGCCGGCGAUGGGUAUUGGAGGCUCAGAAAACUCACUGCGAUGGCAUCGGCACGGCGACGUCUCUUUUCAUUCUUCCGAAUUGUCUCCGUGCAGGCCCGACACCUUCGCAACGGCAGAGGCGGACGCAGAGGCUGGCACAUCACUUCGCUUGUCGGGCUACGAGCAGGAUAGUGUCGCUGGAGUCAUGGCUGCUGCAGUUGACAGCCUUCGCACAGACCCCAGUGGCAGAAGUGCUUGCGAGACGUGCUGCCAUUGCUCGGUGCACCGAUGAAAAUGCCCGGCAGAACGACAUUUACCGGUACGAUGUUCGUCACAAGACAUGGGCUUGCAUCGACCCUGUGACUGGCAGUCCGCCUUCGGCGCGAUCUGGAUCCAAGGCUGUGGUGUGCCGAGACAGCAUUUUCUUCUUCGGUGGCUACACCAAGAAGGAUGGAGACUACUUCAACGACCUCUUCGAGUUCAACAUUCCCAAAGCUCACUGGACCCGUCUUGAUGCAGCCCAAAAGCCAUCAGUGCGAACAGAUCAUUCCUGCGUGGUGUUCGAGGCAAGUCUGUACAUUUUCGGUGGCUUUGACGGACGUACUCGUUUUCAGGAUCUGCAUCUCUUUAACACGGAAGAAAGGGAAUGGAUGCAGGUAACGGACACCGACAAUGUGCCGGUUGGCCGCUUCGGACAUUCAGCCGUCGUGUACCAGUCUGGCAUGUUUGUGUUCGGCGGGUGGGAUGGCCAUGACACACUGGAUGAUCUGUACGAGUUUUCCAUCACUACGAACCAAUGGUAUGCUGUUCCUGGACGAGGCGACGUUCCUCCGUCUCGCUAUCGUCAUAGCGCGGUGGUCCACGGCUGCUGCAUGUUCGUUUUCGGUGGGGUGGACAAGCGCCAGGCACGCUUCUCCGACUUGUGCGAGUUCAGUUUUGACACUCGGUCAUGGUCUCGGGUGAAGACUUCUGGUGAUCCACCAUCUGCGAGAACCUUCCAUCGUGCCUGCAUGUAUGGAGGCUGUAUGUACAUCCUUGGAGGGUUCGAUGGCACGCGACGGAACGACAUGUACAAGAUUGCCCUCCCCGAACAGCUGCCGCGUGAUGAGAAACGGAGGCGGCGCUUGCAGGGAACGGGUGAAGGUGAUGCAGAGGCCGCCGCGGAGCCAGAGAUCGGAGAGGUGGAAGGUCCCCAGCCAGAGAACAUCAAGGAAGUCACCAGGCUCCGGCUGCAGGUUCUGGAACUUCAGAAGCGCCUUGAAGCCGAGCAAGAACGCCAUCUUUGUAAAAUUUGUUACGAGCGCGAGAUCAACACGGUCAUCCUAGAUUGUCAGCACCGUGCCGUGUGCUCGAGAUGCCUCGACCAGGUGAAUAGCUGCCCUUUGUGUCGGGCGUCCAUCAGUUCGACUGUCAUCACGUACAAUGCCUAG